AUGUACCUGCUACCUGCAAACGCAGUUUCAUCCAGACCUCGAAGUAAAAGAGAAUACUUUGCAAUUUAUCCUCCGGGUAAAACACACUCAAGCUUCUAUGCAACAAGUGCCAGAUACGAAGAUCCUGCCAACCGUCUGGCAUUCAGGGUUGUCUAUACCGAUCUCUCUAGUGGCCAGGAAGUAGAUGAGUACGCUUUCCGUUCAGUAUACUCUGCAGUUUGCAGGGCGAACACCCUGGUGGAUAUUCUUUGGGAUGGCAAGUCAGAUGAGGACAUUAUACAAACCCCAAGGCAAUAUUUGGAAGUUACAACGCAGAAAGCAAAGACGAAACCCUACCUAGAGACGUUUGUCAAAGGAGGUUAUACGGGCACGUUUCUGGGGUUAGAGGAACAGGAACAGGAAGAGGGACAGGAAGAUGAUAUUGACAAAGACUGA